UUGUAACAUUAACAUGUACUCAAGCACCAAAAUGAGCUACUUAGCAGCACUUUCCCUGAUCAUCAUUUCCACCCUCCUAAUCACCACAAGAGCUGCCAACUUCAAUAUCCGAAACAACUGUCCUUACGUCGUAUGGGCUGGUGCCUAUCCUGGUGGCGGUCGUCAACUCAACCCUAAUCAGGAAUGGUCCUUGGAUGUUGAUCCAGGCACCCAAUACGCUCGUAUUUGGGGUCGAACAAAUUGUAACUCUGAUGCCUCUGUUUGUGAAACCGGAGAUUGUGGUAGGCUUGACUGCACAGCAUACGGCAAAACACCAAACACAGUGGCCGAAUAUGCAUUAAACCAAUUUCAAAACUAUGAUUACUACGACAUUUCACUAAUCGACGGUUUCAAUAUUCCUAUGGAAUUUGGUCCCACUGCAGAAGGUGCAGAUGGAUGCAAACUCAGUAGAUGUACAGCCGAUAUCACCGGGCAAUGUCCUGAUCCGUUGAAGUUCCCUGGCGGGUGUAAUAACCCCUGCAACGAAUAAAGUAUGAUUUAAAAA